UCUUGCAGAACACCACCAUGCCUAUUUGCUGCGAGUGCCUGGGUACAGAAAAUAGUGUUGAAGGCGGCUUUAUGCACUGUGGUACCUGCCGGACCUCAGUCCACCCCAAGUGUUUGCGUCUCGACCCUGCGUCCUCUGUGAGAUUACAAAAGCAGGGAUGGCAAUGUGAAGACUGCAAACCUUGUAUAGUAUGUCGGAAGACAGCAUCAGAGGUCCUAGGCAGCCUAAUUAUAUGCACAACUUGUGAUGAGGGCUACCAUAUCAGAUGCGUCACACCCACACUGGAGCACCGGCCAAAUUCCCCUAACUGGUGCUGUUCCCAUUGUACCAAAGGGCCGCGAGCCACCAACAACAAUAACCGUAGCAAUACCGCCUCACCUACGGAAAGCAUCCAGGGUGAGGGCAUAGCGAGCAACAGCACCCUGGCUUCCAAUAGAAAAGGGCGAGGGAGGUCCCGGAAGGGUCUCCAGGAAACUGUAAGAAGUAGAAAGUACAGCUCCUCAUCGUCCAGUUCGCGUUCAAGGUCAGCAUCUCGAUGGCGUAAAAGUGAGAGUGAGCAGCAGAAGGAGCUACCCAGCGACUCAGAGGACAGUGAUGGUAUGCAUGGGCAUCUUGGCCCUCCAAAGAAACUUCUUAGUGACAAGUUAUCCAAAGAAAAGGCUAAGUUUUUCAAAAGGAGUUUGGCUGAGAAGGGUAAAUUUAGAGCUGCAAAGAGUGAAAUACGGGUGGUGUCUCACGGGAGUGCGGGUACUGGCAUAUCAGGGAUGAAAAGAGAGAACACCAGUGGGCAGGUAAAGCGUGUGGAGAUGGGCAGUGAGUUAAGUUCCAGUGGGCCAGAAUCAACCACAGACACUAGUAGUAGUGAUGAGUCUGGUGCUGAUAUGCCUAAGGCAGCCAUCAGAAGAACAUUAGGGCAUGAUAGUGAUGGCAGUCCACCUCUGCAGCACAGCAAGGGAACUAUGGGCAUUAAACUUCAUGGCAGGAAAUCUGAUUCUCUGAGUGAAGGUGAGGUGGACUCGGGAAGUGGCACACCUCAUGAGGAGCGAAGUUCCUCGUCAACUAACUCUUCAAGCGCAAUGCUUGCCUCUGGACACUUGAAAGGCCUUUUUGAUGGCCUGAGCCACCUCUAUACACCGUAUGACUCUCGGAAGAGACCAAUGCAGGAAAGACCAAAGUAUAAAGGACCAAAGAGGAUAUUAAAGUUAUCCAGAGAUGGGGAGACCCAGCUCUGUGAGGCCAGUGGGGAGAGUGGAGGCAGAGUUGGUGAAGGUGUCGAGGGGAUCUAUGGUGGUGAGUGUAGUGGUGCGGGAAGUGGGAUGGGACGAAGUGGGGGGGCAUGGUCAGCGUGGGCGUCCCACAGGUGGCCUGGCACCAGUGUGGGGGCAAGCUCGGGUGGCACAAGUGCCAUCCCGUCAACUCUGGUAGCAGCCAAUCCUCUGGCGGCCAGCGUGGGUGGUGGUGGCAGCCAGACUCAGGCAGCGGAUGGACGCAAAUGGCGCAAGAUGAAGCCCGAGGGCUGCAGCAGCCACACUGGGGGUGAGGAUCCGGGAGUGAAUGCUGAAGUGUUGCUCUCCCCGCCCACAGUGGAGAGUAAAGUCAGUAUGGAGCCCCUCCAUCGACCACCUUUACCCCCAGGAGUCACUGAGAGAGAUUUGGAAAUGUUUAAGAAGGCUCAGGAACAGGCAGUGCAGGAAAUGGAUAAAAAUAGAACAACGGUUCAAGAACGGGACCCCUUCAAUAUGUCACGGUGUCCAGCCAGCAUAGAUUUUGGCCAGUAUGAUAUUCAGACAUGGUAUUCCGCUCCAUACCCCCAGGAAUAUGCACGGUUAACCAAACUGUUCCUUUGUGAAUUCUGUCUUAAGUACAUGAAAAGUGUCUCCAUGUUGGGCCGGCACUUAGAAAAGUGUCUUUGGCGCACUCCACCUGGUACUGAAAUCUACCGGAAAGAUAAUCUUUCUGUCUUUGAGGUGGAUGGUAAUGUGAGCAAAAUAUAUUGUCAGAAUCUGUGCCUAUUAGCUAAAUUGUUCCUGGAUCAUAAGACGCUAUACUAUGAUGUUGAACCCUUUCUCUUCUACGUUUUAACCCGCAAUGAUGAGAAGGGUUGCCAUCUUGUUGGGUACUUCAGUAAGGAGAAACUCUCAGCACUAAAAUAUAAUGUGUCAUGUAUCAUGACUAUGCCACAGUACCAGCGGCAAGGCUAUGGGCGUUUCCUUAUUGAUUUUAGCUACUUGCUGUCAAAAAGAGAGGGCCAGCCAGGAACACCUGAGAAGCCCCUCUCUGACCUGGGGAGGGUUUCAUACACUGCCUAUUGGAAGUCAGUUAUCCUGGAGUACCUGUUUCACCUACGGGACAAGAACUCCUUCUGCAUCCAAGAAGUGGUCAAGGACAAAGCCAUGUAUCCUGCUGAUGUUGUGUACACACUGAAUAUCCUUGGUUUCUUCAAGAGGAAUGCAUUAGGACAAAUGGUAGUGAGUAUAGACUGGAAUAUGGUCGAAGAGCACUACCAGAAGCAGCUGAACAACCCCCGGAGAUUGCGGCUAGAUCCAGAGGCCCUCCGCUGGUCACCACUUGUACCUGGGCAUAAUGUAUCCGUGCAACAAGACUCUGAUGAGGAUGAGGAAGAAAAAGAAGAGAAGAAGGAUAAGAAAGAAAAUGACAGUCUGGAGAUCAGCAAAGACGAUGAGUCAUGCAAGAUGGAUGACAUCAAAUUGGAAGAAUCGGAGAAGGAGCCAGUGUUGGAAGAGGAAAGCAGCAAACUGCAAGAGGAGGAGGAGGAGGAGGAAGAGGAAGAGGAAGAGCCCAAGAAAGUGGAGGAGGAAGUAUCCCAAGUGCCUCCUGUGCUAUUGUCAUCCUCCCCCAAGAAGCGAGGAAGAGCUGCCAAAGUCCCCGACACAGUGGAGAUUUCGGAGUCUGUGGUGGAAGCCAAAGAGAGGGAGAAGGAGAAUAUUAACAGCAGUGUUGAUGAUAUCAAACAGACUGAAAACAUUUCCUCACAAAACAAAAUUGAUGACAAGAUGUCAUUAGCCUCAAAGGAGGAUGCUUAUGUUUUUAAGGAAGAGGAUGAGAGCGAUUUUGAACCAACCUUCCGAAGCCUCCACAGCGAAAGGAGGAAGUCACAUACCCUCAAGGAAACUCAGUGUUCUCUGGAGAGGCGGAGAGGGAAACGAAGAGUGAGAGGCCACAACGAAGAUGAGAGGCUGAGCUUAGAGGAGCCGCAGCCAACAGAAAAAGAUUUUAUCAAAGACCUAGUGAGCAACAAAAGAGGCACUCUAGAUUCAAUGUCUACACCAAGGAACUCAAGGAGAGUGGCAUCCAGCUCACGAGUUAACUAUGGGGAAGUAGACACUGAAGAUUCAAGGGAAAUUACAGAGGAAGACAAUGAUUCCUCAGUCAUGAUACCAAAGAGCCGGAGGGAAACCUCUAGUAGGACUAGAAAGAAACCUGAAGUUGGAGAGAGUGAAGAAGAGACCUCCAUGAUUAGGGAAACAUCUAGAAAUAAAAGAAAAGCAGAAGCACAAGAAGCUGAGGAACCCAUCACAAGCCACAGAGAGUCCUCGAGAACUCGGAGAAAGCAAGACUCCUCCAUAGGGGACGUGGAAAAGGAAUCUCAUAAUACAACAGUGGAGUCAGAGCGUUCACAGAGACUCAGGAAUAAGACCUUGAACUCCUCUGUCAACAGUAGCAGGGAAUGUCGGAGGAGGAAGCAUUCCGAGAUUGAUGAGGAAGAGCAAGCACCGGUGGACACUGACAAGAAUGAGGCUCAGAAAAAUAAGAGCCAGCAGGAGGCAGAGGAGACUCUAACCCCAAAGCACAAACGGGCGAGAAGGAGUGAUGAGAAAGACCGCACAAUCAGUCAGAACCAUGAAGUUGUUGAGAGACACACGAGAAGAAAUAAUGAAGUUGAGGAAACAUCAAGAACCAGAAAGUCCAAACGCAUUGAAGAGCAACCAGAGCCAGUCAACCUCAGAUCGAAGAAGUCUAGGCUGAGCAGAAACCUCUCCUCCUCAGACGCAGCAGCUGCAGGCUUGAGGAGGAGUCUGCGUGGAGUUGCCAAUGGACCGGAAGAGGAGGAACAUGAGAAUGAGGAGGAUGGCAUGGACAGUGGAGACUUGGAGAUGCCCCACCUGGAGCCCAUGGUGGACCUGGAGAAGCACUCGGCCACUCCAAAGUCCAACGAGUCAACAAGAGGGAAGAAAGAUGGUGCUGACAGUCGUGAUCUCACUAAGUCAGAGCCAGGACGAAAUGGCAAGGUGGAGACCAACCAGAAAGAUGAGAAGAACACCAAGGUGGAAGAGCCUGCCCAGCCUUCCCUCGUCAAGAAGCGAGGCUGGCCCAAGGGAGUGCCUCGUGGGCCCAAGAACUCUAGUCGUGGUCGAGGCCGGGGUCCAGGUAGACCAGCCAGCCGGGGGCGGGGGAGGUCCAAGUUUCAGGGAGGGCAAAAGCCUGCUCCACUGGAUGGUCCUGAUGUGCAAGAGAGCGUACCUGAGAAUCGUCAGUCCCUGAAUGAUGUCACGGACGGACAGCAUGAUGAAGUUGAUGAGCCAAAGGAGGUUGAAACUAAAAAGGAUGAUCCAGUUCCAGAUCCUCCUCCUGUGGAAAGUACUCCAGCACCAGAGAAAGAGGCUGGUGACACUCCAGCACUCCCAGAAGCUCCUGUGGAAAAUAUUGUGAAGGAGGACAGUGCUGAAAAAGAGGAUAACACGCUGAAGGAAAGUAAAAGUGAGACCGAGGUUGAGACAGACAGUGUUGCUCCGGAGGAAGUGGAAUGUAAAGACCCUGACAAAGAGGUUGUUAAAGAUUGUGAUACAAAUCCCACUCCGGAAGUUUUCAAGGACAGUGUUGUGGGUGCUAAUACAGAAAGCAAAGAAAGUGGUGAGAAUGAUGAGCCAGAGAAGCAGGAGGAUGAGAUGGAGGUAGAAAAAGAAAACCACGACCCAGCCAAGGAGGCGGUGCUAGAGAAAGACGUGGCAGGGGAGGUGGAGCAAGAGCUAAGUGAAGCUGACAAAGCUGUGGCCAGCAUCAUGAAUGGAACUAGUGAGACCAUACCCAAUGGUGAUUGUCUGGAACAUGAAACUUUUAGCAAUCCUCCUCCCGUUGAAGAGGUGCCUGAGGUUACAGAGUGCAAAGUUGGGGAUGGGAGGGUGGAUGAAGCUUACCAAGAAGAGGUCACAAAAGCAGUAGAGAGCAUUUGGGGUGGUACAGAAGAACGAGAAUCAAACCUGGUUGAGGAUCCUCGGCAAUCCGAAAUUAUAGAGGAGCCCAAAAUAUCUUGCCCGUCUGCCCCAAUCAUUCCUUCAUCACCCAUUCGCCACACUCUUUCCCCUGCCAUCCCAUCAUGUUCUCCUCUCCACCCUGAAGGUGAAGUUUCUCUACAAAGUCCAGCUAACUCUGUUGACCAUAAUAGAUCUCCAGAAUCUUCCGUUCCACACUCCCCUAUACCAAGUACCCCUCCGCAUGCCCCUGCACCUCCGUCCCCCACUACACCAGUACCCUCCCCAUUGCCACCAGACUCCCCUCUGGAGCCACCAUGUGCCCCAGCUCCUGUCACUCCAACCUCACCAGGAUCUCCAGCAUCCCCUCCUCCCUCCUCUAUAGGAUCUCCCACUCCUCUCCACUCUCCAUCUUCGCCGAUCUCUGAGAUUCCAGUAGACCACAUUCAGCCGUCGGCUUCUCCUCAGCCACUGGGUCUGGAGGAAGACCAGUCGUGUCACUUGCCAUCUGCUGAAGAACCAAUGCCUGUGCCUGAGACACCCUUACUCUCUGCAGUUUCUAGUCACCACAACCCUGAUGUCCAGGAGAGAAAAAGUCAGCAUUGUGAAGCUGUUGUAAAAGAACUUGGACAAGAUCAGCAGCAGUCUCACUCUCAGCCCCAGCCACAACCUCAGUCCCAGCCUCAGCCUCAGCCUCAGCCACAACCUCAGCCACAGCCUCAGCCUCAGUGUUUGCCCCAAGCCCAGACAGAGUCUCAACCACAGCCAGAGACACAUUCACAACCAGAGCCACAGACAGAAAAACAACAGACGUCACAAUUGCAGACCCAAGAACAAGUACAAGGGGAUGGUCCUGGAGAAGAAGAAGGCCAUGCAAGUGAGCCCCGUGUCCAGGCUGCUGUUCCUGGAGUGCCAGAUACCCUAAGUGCUGCUGGCCGUCAGGAAGAGAACUUGGCAUCCCAGAUGGAGCAGACAUAUGAACCUGCUGAUGCCACCAAAGUUGAUAAUCAUCCCACAGGACAAGAGGCUGCUCACACCCAUGAUCUGGCACUGGAAGUUGGAGAGGGGCCAAAGGUGACAAGUUCUGCUGGAAGCACUCCUCCAUCCUCUUGUGGGUCUACCAACACUACGUCAGUGAUAACAAGGCAAGCCCCCACACCCACCCCACCACACCAACAGGAAGUUAGCAGUAUGGGUGUUUACACCCCCGAUUCUACAACAAACUCGGUCCACUCAAUGCAUGGUUAUUCCCAGGGUGAGUUUGAUGUGUCUCAGCUUGGAAUUGAGUCACCAACUUCUAUAUCCAGCAAUGAGAUGGCUCACUCGGUAGAAGCCCCUCAGCAAGCCUCCACGCCUCAGAGUUAUAGUGACUGUGCACAAGUAUCCAACCAGCAGGUCCAGCCCCCAACACCCACACAUGUUCAGCCCACAACACCAACUCAUGUACAACCAUCAACCCCAACACACACACAACCCACAACACCAACCCCGCCACACAUAGCCCGGACAACACCCACCCCAACUCCAAUUUUACCCCAGCCUGUUCCACAGCCUCAGCCUCAACCUCAUACCCAUUCGCAGACACAGACGCAACCCAUUAUUACGCAAUCUACAUCUCAGAUCAUCCCAGCCAUAGGUGUUGUAUCCCUACCACAUACUCAACCACAUCAAGCCCCAACAAAACACCAACCUUCAAAACAGAGACAUAUUCAGCCAAAACCACCAACACAACCCCAGGUCCAGAUCUCAUCUGCAGGAUCUCGACCACCUUCAAACCUAGGAACUCAGUUAUCACCUCAGUCUGCAAUGGCUGCUAUGCAUGCCUCGAGUCAGGCUCAUAUGAUGUCGCAGCGGAUGGUUGCUGGGACGCCACACCCGCCCUCAGGCCUGAGUCAGCACCACCCAAUGUCCCACCAUCCUCAUGCUGCACAUCCUCCACACCCUCCACGCACACCACAUGUAACACAUUCACACUCUCAAAUGCAGAAUUUCACUCAUCAUCCAAAUUACAUGGUGGGACCACACCAGCAGAUGUUGGGUCACCACACUUCCAUGAGUUACUUGGCCCAGCCAACUGUAACAACUUAUGCCCAAGCUCACAAUCCUGCUCACUCCUCAUCUUACAUGACUUCUGUUAUCCAGUCCCGCAUGGGCGGCCCUCAGCAACCUCCCAGUCAAAAUGCCUCGUCCUCUUCUACCUCCAGUACUCAACGUGCAACACAUGGGGCUAGCUCUUCUGGUGUAUGUGGGCCAUCACCCAGCAAUUAUCACUUCCUCAACUCCAGUCCCCCUGGGCCAUCCCCAACGCCAACACCCAUGGGGAGUGGCCAACAUCAUGCUGGAGGAGUACAAGCAAGUGCAUCAUCAUGUAGUAUAGCACGGUUACAGCAACUCACAAAUGGGAUAAUGGAUAUUGUUCCUCAACCUCCCUGUGCAGGUGUGACGCCUCCACCCUCUCACACUGUCACUCCUCCUCCGUCUCACACAGUUACCCCGCCUCCUGCAGCAGCAGCAGCUGCUGCGGCAGCCCAGCGCAACAUGACACCUCCCAUCUCAAAUUUACAAUCCCAGGUGCCAUUGUCGUAUAAGUAUAAAUCCCACCAAGCAGCAGCUGCAGCACAGAUGUCCUCCAACAUGAUGGGUCCUACGAUGUUGGGAUACCAAGUAAAUGGAUAUCGCAUGCCUGGCCAAGCGGGGGCAAUGUCAGCCCUCAACCCUUCGUACCUGACCAACCCUUCAUUUAUGAAUCAGCAGCUACCAAUGCAGAUGAUGAAUAUGCACCCGCAGGCCGCGGGCCAGUACCAAGACCCUCGCACCCAGCCCCAGAACACCAUGUACCCACCAUAUUCGUAUAUGUCCCCACUGCAGCUCAAUGGCACCAUGCGGCGGUAGUCCCUCACUUAAAGUUUCAGUAUUUACUCAAUGGUGCUUAUUAAAGAGUGGCAGUGCAAGUGCAAAAUUAGUGUUCAGUGCUGGUUCAAUUUGAGGAGAGAAACAUAUGCAAGACUAGGCAAUAUUUUGACUAGUGAACCACAGUGUCAAGGGUUAUAACGAAUGGAAUGAUUGAAAAACAAAAACUUUAGUGACAAGGAACCCUGGCAUCUGUACCACUUAAAUUACACAGAUUUUUUAGUGAAAACUUUCAUAUUUUUGGGCCUGUUGUGAGAGCUAUAUUUUAGAUACUUAUUUAUGGUGUUUAUACACGGUUCAAAAUAACGACAUAGCCAGUUUACUUGGACUUGGUAACUGUGGUGGCUAAGUCCAUAAUUUAAGGACUCCAUAUCAAGUGGAGAAGACAAUUGUGAAGAAGCUUAUGUCUUCAGAUAUAUAUAAAAAUAUAUAUAUAUAUAAAUAUAUAUAUAUCUUAGUGUGAACUGGUAUUCUGAGUUCAUGGUUAUGGACUCGAGUUAAACCUGAUUUUCAUCUAAGUACAAAGUGAUCUUAAAUAAUCAAUUCAUUGACAGAAAAGUGUGCUUAAUUGUUAUAGAGCAGUGUUAUCUAAGUUUAUUUUAGUGAUGAGGAAAAGUCUUAGUCUUUUACGUUGUGAUACUGAUCUUGGUGAGAGGCCAAAGUCAGCCUAAGAUUUUAGUAAGGAUGGGAUGGUUGCAUUUGAAGCCCCUUUUUCCCGAGGGAUGAUCAUUACUUGGGUAUUUAUGUACAACAUGUCAGUCAAGAGAUAUGUCGUGGCUUGGAUCUGGCUGUAGAGCACAAUGAAGUCAUUUUUGUGGUUAGUUUUGUAUCCAGCUGUAGAGAGGCUUUUUGUUUGUAUUUAUUGUGUAGGGGAACAGAUGUUUGAACAGUACAUAUGUGGCUCUCCAGUUGAGAUAUGUUUUCCAGCAUUUUUUUGCCUUUGUACCCAGUGUAUAAUUUUUCCUUUUUUUCCAGUUCUUUCCUUUUUUUAAGGGAAAUAUUUUUACAUACAACUGAGUUUUUUCUCAUUGGUACGAGUGCUUUAGUUACUCUGAUUCUUGAACAUGUUCCAGAAGGAAUUGGAAUGUCUGUUUUUUGUUUCAGAAAACUGAAAUAGUAUUAUCUGACCUCUGUUUAUUAGCUACUUUAUUUUAGUCAUAUUUAAUUAUGCAGUAAGGUCGGUAUAACCUCCUGAGUUCUUACAGACAGUAACACUUGAUUUUUAUUUUAUUAUGAGAAUUAUUUUUAUCAUAUUUACACACUAGCUUCAAUUCAUCACACAGGAAAGAAUGCUCUUCUGUGUUAUGUAGACUGUCCUUUUCAGAGUCCGAAGAAAUUAUACAUAUUGGUGUUUCAAAAAGUUUGACAAACUUGUAUACUCUUAAGAGCCUGACAACAGACAUACGUAUUUGUUGGUGAUCCGUAAUUUGAUAUUUGAUCAUUUAAAAAUAAAUUACAGGAAUAAAGAAAUGGGAGAGGAUUCAGUUAUGGAUGUUGCAAGACGCAGGACUCCAUAAGGGGCUCAGGUUGGGUCACGUUGAAACAGUUGUUACCUGUAGGCCAAAUGAUCUGUGACAGGAGGCAGCAUUUUAACUGUAUAUGAUCACCUAUAGGAUCUUGUAACUAAGCUGUACAUUUUGCUUUUUAAAAUGUUAAAUAAAAUACUUUAUUUAAAUGUAA